CUGUUAUUUGUCAAAAAGUCUGAUUAUAAACAAAUUGCUCACGUAGCGGACGCGACCGAAUGGAAAUUAUCUGUUUUCCGUAACUUAUUACACCCAAGGGCGGUGCGGUAUGAUUGCUCGCGUGUCGUGGCAGAAUUAUUCUUUCGAUGGAGUGUAGAAAAGUGGGAUAGUGAAGUCGAAAACUCGGUGGUAUUAAGCCUUGUUACAAAACGCAUCAAACACGAUGGAUGCAAUACUGUCCAAAGGGAGCCUGGCUACACUGGCCACGGUUGCGACGGUUUUACAGUUUCUUACCGGGACUGUGAUUUGUAACCGAUACAUUAGGAAGAAGUCAACAGGAGACACAUCCGCCUUUCCCUUCAUAUCCGGGUUUCUGUCAUGCUUCAUGUGGCUAAAGUAUGGUGUUUUAACCGAGGAAAGCACCGUGAUGCUGGUAAACUUCAUCGGGUCCGCACUAUUCUUCUCCUACACGGUAGUAUUUUUUGUAUUUUGUGUGAACAAACGGGAAGUAAUUCGUCAAAUGAUGCUCAUAUCAUGCAUCAUAUUGAGCGCCACCCUUUACACAAUGUUUGAGUCGGACGUUGAAAAGUCGAUCCGGAUCAUAGGUCUGUUGUGCUGCUGUUUGGCGGUCCUGUUCUUCGCCUCACCGCUAACAAUGCUGGCGCACGUGAUACGUACACAAAAUACGGACAGUCUUCCUUUCCCCAUCAUUGUGGCAUCCUUUUUUGUAUGCUUCCUGUGGACUGCCUAUGGCGUACUUAUCGGUGAUCGCUUUAUACAGGUUCCGAAUCUUCUUGGCGGAAUAUUAGCCGGAAUCCAAUUGACGUUGUAUGUGAUAUACCCGAAACAGAAGGCUUCCUCUAGCGGUGGACCACGGUAUUCACCUCUAGUAUCAGAAAACCCGAUUUUGUAGUAUUCGUAUUUGUUGGUGGUAAGUUUAGAUAAGAAUGGGCCAGUGCGAUCAGUUUUGUUAAUAUUAUUUGCAUUAACGGUCAUGUUAAUACAGUUUAGUCAUUAAA